GUCAUAAGCCAAGCAACCCCUGCAAUCGACGGUCCCUUACAGCUGCUGCAUAGCAUAGCCCUGCCACGGCUGAUCUUAUUCUCGAAUAGGCACCGGGUAUUGGCACCACCACCAGCUAUUUUGGGUAACUGUCAUACUGUAGUAGUUCUCACAGGCUGAAUGAUAACCAUUUUUUUCGCCGUCAUGUAGAAGAUUCUGUAACGGUUAAAUUAAAUGAUCAGCAGUCUAUAUCCUUACCCGUAAUACAAUUGCGUCCGCAAUCUGUCCACGGAGCCAUCGUAGUCACGUUGUGUGCAGAAGGGGGGGGAAGUAUAAGUGGUGAAGCUUGGCCUCGACGUUGGACUCUUGACUGAUUGUUUCAUCGAGCGGCCGAACCAAACGAAACGAUCUGAUUAGAACUUGAUACCUACUCGAGAAAGCGGCUUACGUUAACAAGUAGCAAAGAUGAUGUUUAAGAACUACGCCUUAUUCUUCCUCUCUAUCGCUUUCCCUUUAGCGACGACAUCAGCGCUACCAAAACCUGGCUCUACAGUAACGAGGAAGCCGUGCUGGGCUGGCCAGAUUCAUUACCCUUGCGACGGGUCCACGACAGGCUGUACUCCUGACGGGAUUAUGGUUAAAUGUCAAGACUCGAGCGGUGCAAUGAUCUAUGCCAAUAUGUGCGACCUAGGAUCCCAAGGGAAGGGUACCUGUACCUACGACGCCGACUGCAAUGCGGCCUGCAGUGCUUAGGGUACUGGAAACUUGGGCAAGUCACGCACCGAGCAAGAUGGUGACUACAUGAAUGUUUUGAAUAGCCAAGCAGGGUCAUCUAUAAUUUGAGGUAUGGGAGGACUUGGGGGGCGGGUAGUUGUGAACCAGUGAUUUCUAUUUGAGGAUUCACUUACACCAAUACGCUAUUGUAGUAGGGGCGCAUGGAGUCGAAACGAGCGAUAUUCAAAAGUUUGCUUGAAGAUGUUGUACUGGUACC